AUGGUGCUCCAGCGCGAAAACAACUCUUGGCAAGAACACUAUAGCCAGAGUAUACUGGCGUACGAGGCAGCCCCUGUGGAUGCAAGACCACCUAAGCCGUACUACGCUCCUGCAAGCACAAAAAAUAUCAUUGACGAGCUCGACAAGAGCUACAAGACGUAUGCUGUGCAGCUCACUGUCUGGCAAGCAGUAUCGAAACCCUACUCAGCGAUCAAUCAAUGGAUCAUUGCGACAGUCGAUACAAAGAUCCUCAAUCCUCUUAUGACCCGUCUUCGUGCUGAACAGAGCUCCACUAUCCAACGAAUUGUCCGAGAGCUUCGUACGCUCCUUGCACUGAGCAAGUCAACCAACUUCCUACAAGCCCGUCGGCAAUACAAAGCUCUUAUAGAGCAAGCUAGGAACGGUAGAGUCAACCCGGACAAGUGGUAUAAUGACUGGCUUCAAGCUUAUAGCCAGGGCGUCGAGUAUAACAUUGGCGAGAUCAUAGAACCAGAGUUCAAGGAGCUUCGCAGGCUCUUAAGCUCAAAGGGCAUGACACCACCUCAACCUAAGAAGAGCCAGAACCAAAGCUCUGAGCCCGCGCAUGGCAACAACGACUACCGUGCUACCUACAAUGCCGCGAUCAUUGCACCGUGGCUCGAUCAGAGCUUAGGGGUGUACACAGUGAUCGGUCAGAAACACCCGCUCUCUGAGAGCACGCUCCUAGACAAUUGUGGAGCAGUGCACAUCGUCAAUUGCAAAGAUCUACUCGAGCCUGGCUCAAUGAUUUACCCAAGCACUCCAGAGUUUGUUGAAUCUGGAACGACGAGUUUCGCGAUCGUCGCACGAGGAACGCGCAUUAUACGCAAGAUCUUACAUGGACUGAGCGGCCCACAAACCGCAGACCUAAUCCUCAACAAUGUUUCAGGUGGUCGAAGGAUUCCAUGUGAACAUUGUAUCACAAGCCCUCUUGCGCAACUCGGGUAUAUGGGUUGA